UGAAUUUUAUAUAAAUACCUUUCGCUUUUUACGUACAAAUAUAAUAUUCGUAGUGAGAAAUGUUUUGCUUAAAUUUGCAGAUUAUCCAAACCCAGCUCAAAUCAACUCUUAAUCCGCUUUUGGCUGGCCCGAGAUUUUCCGCGAAUGAAAGUCUCGAUCUUCCCCGAUCGAGUUGGGAGGAAGAUUUUGCUCUUCAUCCUGUUUUUUUUCCGUAAUUGAUCUGGAAAGUUCUCAGCUUUAUGUCCCAGAAACAUCCGGAAUCGUCGUCGCGGAACUCCAUUGAAUCCUGCACCUUGCAACUCCUCUCAUGGCGUCCAUAUCAAGGAGCCGCUCCCAAAACCCUAGACCCGUCUGAGCCAUCGAAACCCUUCAGCUCCACCAAUGGGUUUCACUCCACUCCCAAGCGACCUUGCCUCCCCGACCGCUCCACCUCCUUCUCCAUCGAAGCCAUCAGUCGCCUCUCUCUCGCUGAUGCCGAGAUCUUCGGCGGCGGCGGCGGAGGGAAGGCUCCGGCAUCGAAUUACAAUAAGGGAAGUCUCCGAUUGGUGGCUAGGAAGCGGCGGCGUCGCGGGUCGAGAUCGGUUUCCGGUCGGAGCAGCGACUGGAGCGGGACCCUGAGGUGCUGCUCUGUCGGAGCUCACGGGACUUGCUCGGAUUAUCCGUUCGCCGUCGCUACGGAUUCGAGCGGCGAGCUGUUCGGCGACGCGAGCUGGGCCUCUGACGUAAGCGAGGUGCGAAACUCGCGGCGGGAGCGGGAUUCCGGCGGUGGCGGGAGCGGGGAGAAGGACGGCGGAGGAUUCGGGAUCGGGAUCGAGCCGAUGGGCAGCGAAUCCGGGUACGGGAGCGAACCAGGGUACCGAGGGGAUGCUGAGAUCGGGUAUGGAGACGAGUUCGACGAGGAAGAAGAAGAUGCUAAGCUGAUGUUCUGGGGAGCCAUGGUAUUGAGAGAUCUGUUUCGGUGUUGUGAUACAGAUUCGAGAAUGGAGGUGGUGGUCGAGGAGAAGGAAUUCUCGGACAUAAAAGCUCACUACAACAGGUGCCGCAAGAAGAAGCAUGACUACAAAUCUCUAGAUUCCAUGAGAUAACACCAUGCCUUCGAUCCAUUCACUUUCUCUUGAUUCUUGAUCACUGUAAAAGGCGAAAGCUUUUACAAAUACAGGAUUAACACACUUCUUCACAACCAUUGCUAUCUUGAAAAACCAAAGUUGUUUGCUUUCUUCUUUUUUUUUGUGUGUAUGGAGUCCAAGUGAUAUGUAAACUAACCAGAUACGCUGUGUUACUGAGAAAACUAAAACUAAAUACGCUGUCUGUUGCAAAUA